UGCAGCCGCUGGCUCCCCGCCGCCGGGGCAUGCCUGGAGCCUGCCCAGGAAGCGCUGUGAAAGAGGAGUUUUGUUGCGAGGCCGGAGCUGGCUCCCCGCACGCCCUAUAAAGCCCGCCGGCCGGCAUGCCAGCACCCUGAGCGCCUGGGCAGCCGGGUGGAGGAGCCGCGUUCAUCACCCAGCGGAGCAGCCCAUGGCCUCGGUGCUGAUGUGCGGGGUGGAGGACCUGCUGCUUGGAGGCAGCCGCUUCGUCUGGACGGUGACGGUGGCGGCGCUGAGGCGGUGGUACGCGGGCCGGCUGCGGGCAUGUCGCCAAGCCCUGCGGGCAUGGUGUGGCCUCGGGGACGUCUACCAGAUGACAGAGGGCCGGCACUGCCAGGUGCAUCUCCUCGAUGACAGGAACUUGGAGCUGCUGGUUCAGCCCAAGCUUUUGUCUCGCGAGUUACUGGAUCUAGUGGCCUCGCACUUCAACCUGAAAGAAAAGGAAUAUUUUGGGAUAACUUUUAUAGAUGAUACAGGUCAGAGCGUCUGGCUGCAGCUGGACCACAGAGUCCUGGAUCAUGACUUGCCCAAGAAACCAGGUCCAGCAACUUUGUAUUUUGCUGUUAGGUUCUACAUUGAAAGCAUUUCCUUUCUCAAGGACAAAACGACGGUAGAGCUGUUCUUCCUGAACGCCAAGUCCUGUGUGCACAAGGGGCAGAUCGAGGUCGAGAGCGAGACCGUCUUCAAGUUGGCAGCCCUGAUUUUGCAGGAAGCCAAAGGGGACUAUUCCAGUGAUGAAAACACUAGGAAAGAUUUGAAGACGCUGCCUGUCUUCCCUACCAAGACGCUGCAGGAGCAUCCAUCGCUUGCUUACUGUGAGGAUAGAGUAAUUGAACAUUAUACACAAAUUAAAGGUCUGACCAGAGGACAAGCCAUUGUUCAGUACAUGAGAGUGGUAGAAGCUUUGCCAACAUAUGGAGUUCAUUACUAUGGAGUAAAGGAUAAACAAGGAAUCCCUUGGUGGCUCGGAAUAAGUUAUAAAGGGAUAGGCCAGUACGACUUACAAGACAAAGUCAAGCCCAGAAAACUAUUCCAAUGGAAGCAACUGGAAAACCUCUACUUCCGUGAGAAGAAGUUUGCUGUGGAAGUGCACGAUCCCCGCAGGAUUUCAGUCUCGAGAAGGACCUUUGGUCAGAGUGGACUGGUAGUGCAAACCUGGUAUGCAAACACUUCCCUGAUCAAAUCCAUCUGGGUAAUGGCAAUCAGUCAACACCAGUUCUACUUGGACAGAAAACAAAGCAAAGCAAAAAUUCCUUCAGCCAGAAGUUUGGAUGAUAUUGCCAUGGAUUUGACAGAAAUGGGAACACCAAAGGUUUCAAAGCUAGUGACUAUGGAAGCAAAAAAUCAGCUGAUUAUGGCCAGCAACGGCAGUUUAAUCUCAUCAGGCUCUCAGGAUUCGGAGGUCAGUGAAGAACAAAAGAAGGAGAAAAUUAUGGAGCUAAAGAAGAAAGAGAAACUCCUUCAGGAAAAACUGCUUCAGAAAGUUGAGGAGCUGAAGAAAAUCUGCCUGCGCGAGGCGGAGCUGACGGGCAAGAUGCCAAAGGAGUAUCCUCUGAGCGCUGGAGAGGAACCUCCCCAGGUCAGAAGACGUGUUGGCACAGCUUUCAAACUGGAUGACAACCUGCUCCCUACUGAAGAGGAUCCCGCUCUGCAGGAGUUGGAGAGCAAUUUUAUCAUACAGCAAAAGCUGGUAGAAGCUGCAAAGAAACUUGCUAGUGAGCCAGAUCUCUGCAAAAACGUAAAGAAGAAAAGAAAGCAAGAAUAUGCUGAUGCUGUAAAAAAGCUUCAAGAGAUAGAGAAUUCCAUAAACGAAUACAGAAUCAAGUGUGGCAAAAAACCAACCCAGAAAUCAACUCUUACUCUACCAGAUGAUAUAAUCCCAUCUGAGAGCAGCUCUCUGUCUGAUACAACAACCUAUGAUGAUGCCAGUGAAUCCCUCACUGUGCCAGCACAAAGAACCAGCUCUGCACAGCUUUCUCCAAGGCUUCCUCCACCAAAGUCCCUUGGGCUGGAGAGAAUCCAUCUUAGAAAGUCAUCCAUGAACGAGCAGCUCUUGGAAACGAGACACUCCAGGGACCCGCUUUCAACUCACAGCAGUCCUUAUCGCACCCUGGACCGACUGCCCCCGUCCCAUGGGGGGAGAAGCAUGCCUACAACACCCGUGCUCACACGCAACGCCUACAGUAGCAGCCACUUACAGCCAGAUGUUUCCCCGCACCAUUGCAGGCAGCGCAGUGGCAGCCUGGAGUCCCAAACCCACCUGCUGUCCGAGGCCCCCGCUGAAAAGCCAGCCUUCUCCCUUUCAAAGUCCCAGCGAAGCAGCAGCACGGAGAUCCUAGAUGAUGGAUCAUCCUACACUAGCCAGUCCAGUGCUGAAUAUUACUGCGUGACGCCUACAUCCAGACCAUGUUAUACUACUCAGACGCUUGACAACAGGACCAGGGGUCGAAGACGGUCAAAGAAACAAAACAUUUCUGCUGCGAGUUCAGGAAGCAUGCCGAAUCUUGCCCAGAAGGACGUCCGGAAUGGUGUCUACCACAAAAAUCAGGAGCAGCCUUCCUCCAGUUACUAUAUUUCUGGAUAUUCCCCUUACACCGAAUCUGACGUUUAUUACAACGGAGGAUACGUUUAUGAGAGUGACACAGAGGGACAGUAUAGUGUCAAUCCUCUGUGUCACCCAUCGGCACAUUACAGAUAUGACCGUUACAGGGAAUUCAGGUCUUACCACGAGGACGAAGUGGACAGAGUACCCCACAACCCAUAUGCAACCCUGAGGCUUCCACGGAAGCAGGUUGCUAAAACGGAGCAUAUAACCAAAAACAUUCACAAGGCCUUAGUAGCAGAGCAUCUCCGUGGUUGGUACCAACGUGCCUCCAGUCAAAAGGAACAGGGUCAUUGCCUGCAGGCAGGCUUUGAGUCUGACAGAGGAUCUCAAAGGAGCUUGGGCCUUGCUGGUGUGCAGGCGCCGUGCUCUCCUAGCAGUCGUGUGUCAUCUUUCUCUUCAGCAUCUUCUGCAAACACUGCUGGGAACUGGCGGAACCCGCUUGCAAUGGGACUUUCAGAUUAUGAUACGUUAUCUCAUUCCUCUUUUGCCAGCUGUUAUGGAAACACUUAUGGCAACCUCCCUCUGCAAAGCAGAGCUCAGCCAGUGACCCCGGUGAGACUUGCUGCUCCUUGCAGCUGCGCUGGGUGUGGGGGCUUCCCUGAGGACUGCAAGGAGCCCAGGAUCUCGCUUGGGCGUUGCAGAAGUGCAUGUGAGACUCUUGCUGCUCCUGCUUCGUGUUUUUGGUCUCCCCUGGCUCUCGCACACCGGCUGUCACCAGCAAGAUCAGAGGCCGCCUGUCCCGGGAACGGCUCUGCCCGCACAAAUGCCAUCCUGCCUAAGUGCUCUUAUGCUAAGCCUAGCCAGCUGUAAGCUUAUGCAGAGACGAGCCAGCUGGGUGGUGACGAAGAGAACCAGUUGGAGGAAGACUUGCACAGCAACGAGCAAAGGUUAUUCUGGCACGAGGAUUCAAAGCCUGGGACGCUCGUGUAGACCGCCUGCAGCCCUGCAUUCGUACCCUUGUGUGCCUUGCACAAAACGCUGUUACUCCGAAGGAGACCUCGGGGGCACCUUCCCGACCGAACAAAAAGGAGGUGUUCUGUUGCUGGGAAAGAUGAAGUUCAGCAUUACGAGGGACUAUAGCAAAAUGACAAAGUCUUACCAAGAAUGGCGCUUCUUUCUGAAUCCGGAUAGCCUAAACGAGCAAGGGCAAGCCACGAUGUGAUCUACGACAAGAUGCAGCACUUGGUUGAAGUAUUUAUAUUCAGCAAGCACUUUUUUUGAAGAUUGGAAGGUGUUGAAGGCAAACCUCAGAAAAAAAAAAUGUGAAAAGGAAACUCUUAUGGAAAAACCAGGAAUUCUAGGAGCACAAUUGCGAUGUCUGAAAGAACAAAUGGAAUUUUUUUCUGAUGUGGCUUAUGAUGACCUGGAAGGACUUUCAUAAGCUUGUGAAGGAUAGAUACUGUGUGUGUGAAUGAGGCAAAGGGUGAUUUAAUCAGUAUUGGAACAUUACUUGAAGGAAGGCUGGAUUUUUUUUAUUAUUCUUAUGGAGGUUUGAAUGAGUAUAUCCAUUUUUGGGGUGUUGUUAAGAGUGUUUGUUAGCACCACAAACGAGUUCUGGAAAGAAAAGAAUUUGCUGUCACAAUAUGUCAUGUAAAACUCUAGGGUGGUUGUGGAUUUUGGAAACAGGAGUAAACUUUGAACUCCUUUCCAUGAUAAAGUGUAAUUACUAACCUCACACUUACCGACCUUUCCAUGGUACAACUUCACUGUGCAGAGGAGCAGGCAAAUUUCACAGUGGCUGCGUAGUGUUCGUUGGGUGACAAUUACAUUUUGCUCUGCCGUAGUGAACUGAGGAUCGGAAAUGGAGAGUUGCAGUUACCACAGGAUAAACAACUCGAUUGUAAUGGCCAGUAUUUUGAGGUGGAUGCAAACAUAAACAGCCAAGUGGGUGCCUUAAAAUGAGGGGCAUUAGAAUUGUACCACGAGUCAUCUGAACUGCCAGGUGCGUUGCAAAGUCACUAAGUGACUGGAACAGCAUCUUUGCAAAACCAUUUAUUCAGAAAAAAAGUGCGACUGCAGUCUUGAUCUAAGAGGGAUAAACCUACCUCAUGUCAUCCAUCUGUAGGAACAAACUAGCAUGGGUUCUCUUGCGUGAUUUAUGACGACUCAUUUGCAUACUGUAAAAUCUCUCUCGUGUCUCAGCUGUACUGUGCUUCAGGAUCCCAUAAAAUGGUGCUCUUUUUUCUUUUAUACAAAAGAUUAGUAACUCCUUGUUCAUAUUGUGAAUAGAAAAGUUUCUGAUAAACUUUUUUGGACGUUUUUUACCAAUAUUCCAGAGCAUGUAAUAUAUACAGAAGGACACACUUGUUAAGCUGGUACUUAGUCGUUUGUAUUAUUAGAGUCGCAAUUUGGAAUUAAACGAACAAAAACAAAAUAAAUAACUUAUUUCCUUGGUUUUGCAUAUUUGUAUAGCCUUCUAGAAAUGCGAAAGCUCUUUUUUGCUUAUUCUUUUACUACUCAUGAAUUUCUAGACCUAUUAUUUUGUAUAGGUCAAUAAACUGAAAAGUGUGCUACCACAA